AUGGAAGAACUUCUCUCAGAGGUGGGCGAAGGGCAGCGCGUGGUCCUCGCAGAAAGCGAAGAUGAUGCGCAGUACAUUAUCGUGAUGGACGAUGCUGAAGGUGGUGUGAAUGCGGCGAACGCGGAAAAAGAAUCUAUUCACGGAACCGAAGACGUCGAUUCCGGCACAGUUUUCGUCGUGGAACAACCCGACGGCAGUUAUCAAAUAGUCGGUGCUCCGAAUGAUUCUUCAAACCAAGUACCUAUGCAAAACCUCCGAUCUUCUGCUGGAUCGAAAGGGAAACAAAAAGCAGGAUCAGAAGGCGCAGAACCUACUUAUUUAGUGAUAGAGGACGAGAAUGGUCAGCAGGUGAUUGUAGAUGCGGCUAGCAUUCUGGAAGAAAGUGCUGGAAACCCUGCUCUACAGGAAAACAUUGCAGCACAAUUAGGAAUAGUGACCGAUUCACGAAAACGAGCGAGACCGAAGUUCGCGCGACACGCUGUUCUUCCCAAGAAACCCACUUUGGAAGAUUCGAAAUCUGCGAUUGUUUCAGAAGGUACAAAGAAGGACAGCAACAGUACACCUAAUAAAGCGGAAAAAGUAGACGGAAAUGACAGGGAUGCGGAAACGGAAGAGGAAGAGGAGUUCGACUGGUCUCGAAUCGACCUCCAGAAGCUGAAGUUCUCUUUGAAGUAUGGAUGCUGUUUCUGCGGGACAAAGAAGUACAGAAAUUUGGAAGACCUGAAGCGACAUAGAAGGGCGUGUCCGUCCCGAGACCGUCUCGCCUGCAACUCCUGCGUGCCAUCGAAACCCUCGCCAGACCCCGUGAAAUCCUCCCACCUGUCCCCAGCCAAGCGUCGCACCCACUUGGGUCUCGACAUGGACGAACCCAUGAAACCCAUGAUCGAACGCGGCGGGAAAUCCGUGCACGGGUCUACCGUGAACGCUCUUCAAGCCUCGGGCGUGGGUAAACACCGAUUUGCGACAGCGUCUUCGUCUUCUUCGUCUGCAGCAGCAGCAGCUGCUGCUGCAGCUGCUCGCAACUCGACUUUGAGUCCGCAGAACCUCAAGUGCCGCGUUUGUGGCAAGUUGUUUGUGUCGGCGGAAACGCUGAAAGUGCAUCUCAUCAACGUGCAUUUGCGGGCAUCGGCUGUCACUUCCAACGUUUUCCCGACGUCUGGGAGUGUGGUCAUUGUUGAUGAAGAUUCCCAUCAUGGACAGGACCUCGGGUCAUGGUCGUGA